UCCAUCCCCUCACCGCCAUGGAAGCUCUCGACUUCGUCAAGCUCCAUAAUCUCUACGCUCAUUUCUCCUCCAUCGUUGAAACUGCAUAUCCUAUGAUUCGCUCUCAUUUCUAUGGCGACGAUCAGGACGAAGAUUCAUUCUUCGACUUGGAUUUCAUCUCUCCUCCUCCCUCAGAAACCAGCAAAUCUUCCGACUCCAAGAACCUGACUCGCUCGGGCCAAAACGGGCUCUGUUUCGAGCAGCCAGGUCUUCUCCUCUCUCAUUCUGAUCUUAUCUCGAAACGAAAAAUCCUUCCGAUCGAUCUCAGUUCAAAGCCAGAGUCUCCGGUUCCAGUUCCGCUUCUCAAAUCGGCCCCGAGACUCUCGAUUUCCUUGUUCAAGAAGCCGAAAUUAAUGGCGAAACAGAAGAUGGACGAAACAGAGUCGCCGUCGUCUCUCAAACUACAGAACACAGAAAGCAAACGCUUCGCCUUCAAACUCAGCAGAGUAAGCAGUUCCAGAAACAACAAUCGGAUGGACGCAUCUGAGCGUCAGUCGAAAAGAUUCUCCGGCGAAGGAAUGCAGAAGUAUCUGAAAUUAAUCAAGCCUCUGUAUGUGAAGGUUUCGAGGAGACAUAACUACAGAGCGUCGCCGGUUUCAUCUCCUGCGGCGGCGUCAUCGAUGGAUGAGAAGCAGAGGAACAUUUCGAUCGGCAUCCGAGUGGUUUGCAGGCGCCUCGGGAAGAGUAAAUCGUCAUCAUCGGCGACUGGAAUGGCUGUAUCGCCGACGAAUCGGCGAGACGAUUCGCUUUUGCAGCAACACGACGGGAUCGAGAGCGCCAUUUUGCAUUGCAAGAGGUCGUUCAGUGCUACCAGAGACGAUGUUGAUGGAACGUGUGACGAUAACCUACUAUUCGAGACUGGCGAUUUGCAGAAGCUGAAGGCGGGAAAAGAUGUUUUCUCAGAAGCCGAACAAGGAGAACGACAUUGAAGAGAGAUAGAGAGAGAGUUGAACGUUUUUUGGGUUUUGCUGUAAAAAGAUGAAAAGCAAACUGAAUUAGGCAGUGCAGGACAGUUUUCGUUUUUUCUUUUCUUAGAAAUGAUAAACAGUGACUCAGUGAGUCUGAUAGUGGGCGAGUUGGAUGCAGGUGUAUUUACUAUUUGGUAAAUAAUAGUUAAAUGAUGAAUGUAAUGAACCAUUUCUAUUUUCUUUUUA